AGCAUUCACCCUCCACCAUUGUACGUCCGCGGCUUAGAGGCCUCAGGGAAAAACUUUUGAGACACUUAAGGGACCACUAAAGGAUUUUUUUAGAUAUUUACUGAAAAUUUACUGGUUUACCUCAUUUUGUAUGGCUCUGUGAUUCUUGUUAACUAUCGUGGAAAUCAGUUUGUGAGUCGCUGCCAUGUCGAACAGGAUUUGACGAUUUUUCUAGCUGUGACAGAAUUGACAAGGUUAAAAAGGAAGAAGAGAGCAUUAUAAAAGAGAAUAGGGAGCGAGAAGCUGGCGGAAGACCGCCAUUAGGGACUCCUCUAGCCACGGAAAAAGCUAGUAUUAUCCCGUGAGUGACCAUUGGUCAGGUUUAUUUCUUUCUUGUUCCCUUCUCAACGUUGAUUACGAGAAAAUCAGCCCACACGCUUGACAAAAUGUGACGAGGCGUGAAGACAUUGGGGCUAAUGGGUACAGAAACUACGUCAUCGUAGGUAAACAAACGGGGACUCCCCUGCAAAGACCUCAGCUUUGCUUUUUCCGCUUUGCAUUAAGUAGCAAUGGCGUCCGUGUACGCACAAGAAGAGAAUUCCUUAAGUCCUUACAGAAAGCUACUCGUCGAUUUCUCGUUUGAUCUUUCGAAAAAAGACGUCGAGACGUUAAAACUCGCGGGCGUCGAUGUCAUUCCAUGCAGAAUAACAGAAAACAUUGCCACUGGGUUGCAGUUCUUCGAUGUUCUGGAGCAAGAUGGUAGAAUUGGACCGCGAAAUCUAAACCUUCUGCAGGAUAUGCUUAAAACAGUUGGCAGGCUGGAUCUUGCUUGGAAAAUUCAGGCUUUUUUAUCAACAUCCCCGAACAGUGGUACUGACGAAGCUACAUUUCCCGAUGGAGGCUUGAAUGGUCCAGAAAAUGGAAGUCUUUCAAACCAUGCAGCGAAAAGAAGCAAGCUCUCUUUUAACGACACAGAAGGUAGAGGGCAUAAACUAAAUUUUGAACUUCUUUCGCUAAUCCUGACUUGUUUACUUGUUUUUAAAACUUUCUCAAAAGGGCCAUUAACUUGUGAUCAGAUUGCAUGGCAGGAUGACUCAGUACCAGACGGCAUUCAGGAUGACCCUCCUUUGAAUGAUAUGGCUAGAUCACGACAAGCCCCGGAACAGGUAGAAGCAUCCCAGCUUGCUCGUCAGUCGCUGUUGAACAGUUCGGAUCAUGCUGGUGGUCCUGCAGUGGUUAUGAGAGGCGGUCAUGCAGCCGCUGCUCCACAAAUAAGCAGUUGUCUUGCCGCUGUAGGUUUUACAUCAUCUGAUGGGAACAUAGGCUCCUCGUCAAGUGUUAGGGGCCCUAGUGCACUGGGAUCUUCAGGAACACAGACGGGACAGCAACAUAUGGGGAUUCAGGGUAGCUCGGCAUCUGGUCGGAUCAAACAUGUUGGACCAGAGCCCACUCGAUAUGUAGAUUUUCUCGCUUGUCAAGGCUACGUUGUGGAAAUAUUAGGUGGCAAACAUUUCAAGACUCCUGAAGGCGAGUUUGUGGAAAUGAAGAGUGGGACGCAGUAUAAGAUACACGUGAAAAACACACAUGCCUACGCUUGCAAUUUGGAUGUAUCUAUUGAUGGUUAUGACGUUGGAGGGUGGGUUGUUGAUGGAGGACAAGAGUUCACAAUAGAGAGGCCUGCGUACGAGGCAAAGAAACUCACGUUCUACCGUGUGAAAACCGCGCCUGAGGAAGCGGGCAUUGAACCAGGCAGGGCCGAAAAUGGUGUUGUGAAGUGUGUGUUCACACCUGAAGCGUUCCUUAAUAUUCCUGUGAUAAUUUCUGAAUCGCCUCAGCCGCUGAAUAUAAACAUGCCUCCAUCCACGACAGUUGGCGAUCUAAAACGUGAAAUACAACACAAGUUGAAUGUGACUGAAGACCCGGAUCAAGUUCUUUGUGUCGCGGAGGACAAGGUUUUAUUAAACUCUGAUUCAGUGAGGUAAGUGCAAACGCUCACUGCAUGUCGGGAUUAACAUAUAUUACUUGUAGAAUCGACAAGCAGAAAAUGGACAUGGAUCGGCCACACACUCAGAAGACCAAAUUACUGCAUUGUCCGACAAGCUCUUCGUUGGAACCCGUAGGGAAGUAGACGGAGUGGGAAACCGCGGAACAGCUGAAGGAGAGACACAGACCACACCAUCCAGUCGAGAGGUCUUUCCUGACAUCAGCUGGAACGCCUGACCAGGGACAGAGGGGACUGGAGGGACUUUGUCAGUGGCCUAUGUUCCGAGAUGGAAUAAUAACAGGCUUCAGAUCAGAUCAGAUUUGUAGAAUCAUUUUCUUUAAUUGUUUCGUGGAAGUAAAUGCAGCUAUUUUAUGAUCUUUGAAGUCUUGCAAUCAAAAGCUAAUAUAUUUUUCUCGGGAUCUUUCCCAAUAUAUCCAAUUAGUUUAAGUAGACAUAUUACGGUGCAUACCCAUCCUGGGAGUCCCAGGGGCAGUUAGUUGGGGUGAAAAUAAGUAAAUCCGGCAAGGGGGAAGAGCCCCGGGGGAGGGGCCUCCCAUAUAAAAAGGACGGGUGUGCUAAUGGUACCCUUUAGGGGUUUAAAAAAGCGGUUUUAGUGUCUCUUAGAGAGUUCCCCCCCGUAAGGUAUA